CCGCUCUGAAAGUAGCUUGUUCCCUCACAUUCUGUCGUUUUAAUUCCUGUCCAGUAUCUAACAGUGUGUUUUCCCCUCGACAGGCCCGGGGAACAACGCAGCUGCAGGUCUCGCCCACUCCCAGUCCCGAGCAAUGAUCGCGGCCGCUGCCCGACGCAGAGACUCCAGCCACAACGAGCUGUACUACGAGGAUGCGGAGCACGAGAGGCGUGUCCGCAAACGCAAAGCACGACUGGUGGUGGCAGUAGAGGAGGCGUUCACACAUAUCAAGCGCCUGCAGGAGGAGGAGCAGAAGAAGGCUCCCGGGGACGUGAUGGACCCGCGGGAGGCGGCGCAGGCCAUCUUCCCCUCCAUGGCUCGGGCCCUGCAGAAGUACCUGCGGACCACCAAGCAGCAGCACUGCCACAGCAUGGAGAGCAUCCAGCAGCACCUGGCCUUCUGCAUCACCAACAACAUGACGCCCAAGGCGUUUCUGGAGAGCUACCUGACCCCGGGUCCGACCCUGCAGUACAGCCGCGACCACUGGAUGGCGCGCCAGUGGACGCUGGUCAGCGAGGCGUCGGUCACCAGCGGCCUGAGAGACGGCAGCAUCUUCCUGCUCAAGUGUGUGGACUUCAGCUUGGUGGUGACGACCAAGAGCAUCCCCUACAUCCAGAUGUCGGAGGAAUUCAUCGACCCCAAGUCUCACAAGUUUGUGCUGCGGCUACAGUCCGAAACCUCCGUGUAGGACUUUUUUUUUU